AACAAGAGAUUUGUAUGAGUUGCUUCGAAGCGACGUUUGUUUUUUUCAGAAGGGUGUAUUCAACAGGUUAGUCUGAAAGUGCCAGAUGGCCAAAAGGGCUAUAAUUGUGUUAGACUGUUGAACUGAUGUCAUUCAUUUGUUGAGAUAGUGGAUGUGGGGGAUAAAUGUGGGGCUGUGUCUGUAGCUGUUUUCCAUUAGCUGUGUCAUGCCCAAAGAUGGAUACUGCCUUAACUGUCAUUUUUAUUAAAUGCAGGUACUACCAGGAGCCUGAGUAAUUUCUAUGAGGUUUUUAAAACUCUUAUAUUGCUUAUUGUUCAUUCAACAGCUGGUUGUAAAUGCUAGAUGUAAGGCAGAAGUCAAGAGCAAGAAAGAUUUUGCCAACAAAUUACUGACAGAAAUGAAUGAAUACCAGGUGUUUCAGGGACGUCUGGAUUGCCUGGCUGUGUCAUCAAUAAAAGCUCUCACUACCGUGAUGCUAAAAUCACCUGCUGCAAAGGAGGUCUUUAAAGAGAGGAUCGGAUACAUUCAUUUGUACGAAGUACUGAGCUCCCUGGGACAACCUUCAAGGGACCUCCUGAAAGAAUUGAUGAACAUGGCCGUCGAAGGAGAUCCCGCGUCGGUGGGAAUCCUGGGCAUCAGUAACGUCCAGCCCCUGCUGCUGCUGAUCCAGUGGCUGCCGCACCUGGAAUCCCACGACCUCCAGAUCUUCAUCUCCGAUUGGCUAAAACGGAUCUGCUGCAUAAACCGGCAGAGCCGCACCACCUGUGUCAACGCCUCCAUGGUUAUCCACAUCCUGGAUACCCUGAACUGUCAUAGCAGACUUCACAGGACUUGCGCCGAGAACCUGAUCAGUCUCUUCGGAUCUCUGGGCAGCCAGUCGCUGAGCAGCAAGGAGCUCUUGCAGCUGAUGAGGCUGCUGAGGACUGAUGAUCCCAAGCAGGCCCACCCUUAUGUGGUGCCAGUCCUGAGAGCCAUCCUGGGCAUGGCCCGCAAACAGGGGCUGGAAAAUGCCCUGCAGUACUUCGAUCUCUCCCCCAGCAUGGCAGGGAUUUCAGUGCCCACCGUUCAGCGCUGGCCGGGUUACGCCUUCAGCUUUUUUGCGUGGCUCUGCCUUGACCAGGACCAGCAGGGAUCUGGGAUCUCUAGCAAAGGAGAAAAAAGAAAGCAGCUCUAUAGUUUCUUCACUGCCAGUGGCACUGGUUUUGAAGCCUUCAUUAGCUCUUCGGGGGUGCUAGUUGUUGCUGUCUGCACCAAGAAGGAAUAUACGACAGUCAUGUUGCCUGAUCACUGUUUCUGUGACUCCCUUUGGCACAGCAUAGCGGUGGUUCACAUUCCCGGAAAGAGGCCUUUUGGACAGAGCUUGAUUUACAUUUAUGUCAACGGGCAGCAGAAGCUGUCUGCACCAUUGAAGUUCCCCACCAUGACUGAGCCUUUCAUUUCAUGCUGUAUUGGAUCAGCCGGGCACCGGACCACUACACCCCCUCCUUCGCAGAUCCCAGAUCCCCCCUUCUCUCACCUCUCCGCCCCAGGGCGCUCCUCCCUCGGGGGCAUCCUGUCUGCCCCCACCUGGGGCGGGCUGCUGGGCAAACCCGAGUCGGUCACCAAGCUGAUCUCCGCCGGGACUCAGGACAGUGAGUGGGGCAGCCCCACCUCUUUGGAAGGGCAGCUGGGCAGCGUGAUGGUUUUCCACGACGCCCUACAACCCGCGCAGGUCAAACUCCUGUUUGCAGCAGGUCCAAACUGCAUUUCUCCUUUUAAGAGUCAAGAGUCUGAGCUUGGAGAUCUUCCAUCUAAACUCCUUCUUUACUACUCCCCGAAGGCCUGCAAAAACCCUAUUUGCCUCGAUCUUUCUCCAAAUCAUUUUAAUGGGCGGCUCACCGGAAAUAAAGUUGUGAAUUGGGAUAUUAAGGACAUGAUCAACUGCAUUGGAGGCCUGAACGUGCUGUACCCAUUGCUGGAACAGAUCAGUAAUCUGAGUGGAGCGGUAAAGAGUGAAGAUGCUUCUGGCUCUGAGUACAUUACAACAGAAUUGUGUACCCCCUCAGACGGGGACUGGGUUAUUUUACCUUCAACCAAAGCUUCAGAGGCCAGAUUGGAAAAGAAUGUCGUUGCUACAUUUCUCCUGAUGAUCAAGCACUUCAUUCAAAGGCACCCGAUCAACCAAGAAAAUCUUAUUCACUCCCAUGGAGUUGCUACCUUAGGGGCCUUGUUACAAAAGCUGCCAAGCAGCUUGGUGGAUGUGAAUGUGUUAGUGGCUGUUCAGCUGCUGACAGAGCAGGUGUCUAUAGAGACGAACCCCCAGCUGUUGCAGCAGAUGUACCACCACCUUCUCUUCAACUUCAACAUCUGGAAUCAGGGAGACUUUCCUCUCAGAAUCGGUCACAUACAAUACAUGUCAACUAUAAUCAAAGACAGCCGGAAGCAGUUCAGAAAGAAGUAUGGGGUGCAGUUUCUUCUGGACACCAUUCGCCUCUAUUAUGGGACUCAAAGUAAGAGGAGCGAUCUGAGUGAGGAUGAUAUGAAGACCAUCCGGGCCUCUCUCUGCGGACUUCUCAAGUACUAUAUUAGCAAAGGGGUGGUCCAGGAGGAGCUGCAGAGCAUCCUGGGGUACAUAGCUGCCAUCGGUGAUGAAGAGCAGCUGUGUGGAAUUCUGGAAGUUUUACUGAAUUUGCUACAGACCAGUGCGGCCAGGGACCAACUCUUUCUGCUGCUGUUUGAGCCUGGCAAUGCAGAGAUUUUCUACAGUCUCCUCCCAAACUACAAAUACACUGACCGGCUGAGGGACCUGGUCUUUAAGAUUCCCAUUACCGUCUCGCUUAUUAAAAACCUUUUGAACCAGGUGCUCACCUCAGACCCAGUGGUGAACUAUAAAGAUCUCAUGUCUGUUGUGCACUUGACCCACAAAGCAGGACUUAACAUUCGAUUACUAGUGUGCAAAAAGCUUUACCAGCUGCUACAGUCGCAGCAGGAUGCGGCCCAGCAGAUUUCCAGACAGCUCGGCUGGCAGGAGACUCUGGUCAAGCUGUUUCUUCGGGACAGUAGUGAGGCCCAGGAAGGCAGCAACAGCAGCAGCAAUAAAGCGGACACUGCGAGUACGAGCAGCCUGGAUUUCACCAAGAACAGGGUCAGCGUGUCCAGCUCCCUCUUGGAGAAAAAAGGAUCCGGAGAUGUUCACGGAAGGUUAGAGGAUGACAAGAAUGGGGUUGAAGGCCAUAGCUUGGCUGACAACAAAUCCAUUGAUAGUUUGAGCCAGUCGUUGGAUAAUGGGGAUCUUGAUUCUCUGGACACCCCAGCGGAAGCUACCACAAAGCCGUGGGCCUCUAAAGCAGGAGGGCUGAGUUUAGAUUUGUCCAGGACGCACUUGUACGAGCAGGUGGACAGCGGCAGUCAAACUCCUGGGAGCAUGCCAAGCACCCCCUCGCCACUGGAGACCUCUAGGCCUUUCCCCGGCCUCCAGGCGGAAAGAGAGACAUCCAGCUUUAUGGACGACAGCUUCAUUUUCACCGACGACUUCUCCUUGAAUGAAUCCUUUGCAAGUGCCGAGAGGGUCGAGGAGGAGCUGACGGGCAUGCUGACCGAGAUCCUGCUCUGCGUGAUGUGGCGGGGGCUGGAUGGCUCCGACGAUGCCGCCUGGCUGGACCGUGGGCAGGUCUUUUCCGCCCUGACCAAGAUGGGCACCACCAACGAGCUGCUGCAGCCCGCAGAUGAGAUCAAACUGAGUCUUCUAGAAAAGAUGCUGGAAUGGGCAGUGACCGACAACCGAGAAGCUACUGCAGCUACCUUGCCUGUUCAUACAGAGAAUGCUGUCCGACUCCUGCAUAUUGUACAGGACUUCUUGCAGGCUGAGGGUCUGGUGAACCCAGCUAUGUGGACAGAGAAGGUAUUGGAGGAGGCCGUGACCCUCAUGGACAGUCUGAUGGUGUGGUACUCCUCGGGCACUCAGUGGAUGCAGCUCUCACAGGUUGGAAUCAGGCUUCUGCUGGGCUUUAUGGCACAGGAGAAUCUCCAGGUGUGCGCCAUGGCCACGGCGAAGCUGAACACCAUCCUGCAGACGAAGGCGAUCGAGAGUCAGGACGAGGCCUGCUACCUCCUGGGCAAGCUGGAGGGCAUCCUGAGCAAGUCUAUUCGGGAGCAGACCGAGACCUACUCCUUCCUCAUCCCUCUCAUCCGCACCCUGCUCUCCAAGAUCUACAAGCUGCUGUACAUGGAGCUGCACCUGCCUUCGCUGCCCGACACCAACGGCAGCCCUUCCUUCUUCGAGGACUUCCAGGUCUACUGCAGCUCUGAAGAGUGGCGGGUCUACCUCGAUAAAUAUAUCAUUCCGUACAUGAAGCAGUAUGAGAUUGAGAUGUUCAGCAGGGGUCACGAGGCCAUGGCGGUCUACUGGAAGGACUGCUACGAGGCCUUCAUGGUGAACUUACACAAGCGGGAGAGGGAGAAAGGAGAGAGCAAGCUCAAAUUCCAGGAGCUGUUUGUGGAGCCUUUCACCCGCAAAGCCCGUCAAGAGAACCUGCGCUACAACAGCAUGCUGAAACUAAUCAACAACCAGCAGAACACCGUCCUUCGCCAGUGGAAGGCAGCGCGGCGAGGCCUGGUUUGUGAGAGGGGACCCUGGGCCCACAGGCAGCAGAGCAAAAUGCACUGGAAAGUGUCGAGCGCAGAGAACUAUUCCCGCAUGCGGCUGAAACUUGUUCAGAACUACAACUUUGACCCUCACAGAGAAGCCAGUGCCCUGCGCGACAAUCUCGGCGUCCAACUGUACCAGCCAACCACGGAGUCUCUGCUCCUGGAGGCAGUGAAGCAGGCAAAGGUGAACGACCUGGAGGAUGACAUGCUGGAGCUGCCAGAGGAUGACCCAACGGGAGGCAACAACCUGAACGAGACUGAGGAGCAGAGCCAAAAGGAAAAGCUGGUCAUUUCCGAGGACUGUGAGCUCAUCACUGUGAUGGAUGUCAUUUCCGGCCGUCUGGAAGUCACUACCCAGCAUAUUUACUUCUACGAUGGCAGUGUGGAAAAGGAGGAAGGCGUCGGCUAUGACUUCAAAUGGCCACUCCUUCAGAUUAGAGAGGUACAUCUUCGCAGGUUCAACCUCCGGCGUUCGGCUUUGGAAAUAUUCCUCAUCGAUCAAACUAAUUAUUUCCUCAAUUUUAAAAAAGAGGUGAGGAACAAAGUGUACAGUCGCAUAUUGUCACUGCGCUCGCCUAACCUGUAUGGAACUCGCUCCCCUCAGGAACUGUUAAAAGCAUCUGGACUGACGCAGAAGUGGGUGAAUAGGGAAAUCACCAACUUUGACUACCUCAUUCAGCUGAAUACAAUUGCCGGGAGAACGUACAAUGAUCUGGCCCAAUAUCCAGUGUUUCCCUGGAUUCUUUCAGAUUACACCUCCGAGGAGCUGGAUUUGAACAAUCCCCUCGUGUUCCGAGACCUCUCCAAACCGAUAGGAGUGGUGAAUGAGAAAAAUGCCAAAUCUGUUCGUGAAAAGUAUGAAAGCUUUGAAGACCCUACUGGCACUAUUGAUAAAUUCCACUACGGUACCCACUAUUCCAACGCUGCAGGGGUGAUGCACUAUCUGAUAAGGGUGGAGCCCUUUACUUCACUGCAUAUUCAGCUCCAGAGUGGAAGGUUUGAUUGUGCUGACCGGCAGUUCCAUUCCAUUCCCGCCACCUGGCAAGCCCUCGUGGACAAUCCGAACGAUGUCAAAGAGCUCAUUCCGGAAUUCUUCUACUUCCCGGAAUUUUUGGAGAACCAAAACGAGUUUGACCUCGGGUGUUUGCAGAUAUCUAAAGAACGGGUGAAUGAUGUCAUUCUUCCAAAGUGGGCAAGAGGUCCAGAAGAUUUCAUCUACAAGCACAGGAAAGCACUGGAAUCGGAGUAUGUGUCAGCCCACCUCCACGAGUGGAUCGACCUGAUCUUUGGUUACAAACAGAGGGGGCCAGCGGCAGUGGAGGCGCUGAAUGUGUUCUACUAUUGUACUUACGAAGGUGCUGUCGAUUUGGAUGCGGUAGCUGACGAGAAAGAGCGAAAGGCCUUGGAGGGCAUGAUCAGCAAUUUCGGACAGACUCCCUGUCAGCUCCUUAAGGAGCCUCAUCCAGUACGACUGUCGGCUGAGGAGGUGGAGAAGCGAAAGGCCCGGCAGGACACCUGUCCUCUGAGCAUUUUUGAGCAUCUUCCCGAGCUCAAAUCCUUCUUCGUUGAGGGCAUCAGUGAUAACAUUCCUAUAGUGAAAGCAGUUGUUCCUAAAAACCAGUCGAGAUCAUUUAUCUCACAGGGCAGCCCAGACAAUUUGAUAACAGUAAGUCAGAACUGUCUGAUAGGAACCCAUGGCUGGCUGCCUUAUGAUAAAAAUAUUUCUAAUUACUUCACCUUCAUCAAGGACCCUACUGUAUCUAAUUCAAAGACCCAGCGAUUCAUCAACGGCCCUCUUUCCCCAGGACUUGAGAUCACAGCCAAGCUCUUUGUCAUGUCCCAUGAUGGGAAGUUGCUCUUCAGCGGGGGUCACUGGGACAAUAGCCUCAGGGUGACCUCUCUGACUAAGGGCAAGCUGGUGGGACAGCACAUUAGGCAUAUGGAUAUUGUGACGUGCCUGUCCUCAGACUACUGUGGUAUCCACCUCAUUUCAGGCUCGCGAGACACAACUUGUAUGGUGUGGCAAAUCCUUCAUCAGGGAGGAGUACCUGUGGGUUUAUCCCCUAAGCCUGUACAGAUCUUGUAUGGGCACACAAAUGAGAUUGUGAGUGUCUCUAUCAGCACUGAGCUGGACAUGGCUAUCUCAGGAUCCACGGACGGUACAGUGGUCAUCCACACCAUUCGGAGAGGGCAGUAUAUGCGGUCCCUGAGGCCCCCCUGUGAGAGUUCCCUGCCUGUCACCAUCCUCAACCUUGCCAUCUCCUGGGAGGGGCACCUGGUUGUCUACACAUCUAUAGAGGGCAAAUCCACACUGAAGGAUAAGAAUGCACUACAUCUUUAUUCUGUGAAUGGGAAACACUUGUGCUCCGAGACUCUGAAGGAGCAGGUCACAGACAUGUGCGUCUCUGGGGAAUACAUUGUGCUGGGCAGCGCUCAGGGAUAUCUCUCGAUCCGAGAUCUCUACAGCCUGUGUCUCUGUACUGCACCUAUGGCCAUGCGGGUGCCAGUCCAUUGCAUCUCCGUCUCCAAGGAGAACAGCCACGCCCUGGUGGGCCUAGAGGAUGGCAAACUGAUCAUCGUCGGAGUCGGCAAGCCAGCGGAGAUGCGUUCUGGGCAGAUCACCCGGAAGCUCUGGGGCUCCAGCAAACGCCUCACGCAGAUCUCAUCAGGAGAGACUGAAUAUAACACCCAAGAUCAGAAAUGAUGCAUGAUGGGAGCACCAAAUCGAAUCACCGCUCUGAUCUUACAUUGAUUCCUACAGCCUACUUGGCCUCUGCUACUUUGAUCAGUAUGUUUACCCAAUCAACACCAUGUUGUUCUCUUCUGACAUAAUUUAAGUCUAAAAUGAAUAAGUAUUUGUGUGUGCGUUUAUAUGCAUGAGUGUUAGGGGCCCACAAACAGACUAUGCUUUUUCAAUUUUAUUUUCCCUCUACAUUAAUUUUAAUUUUCAGAUAAAUGUGACUAACUACCCUUCAAAGGAAAAAGACAAAAAAAACAAGGUUUGGCUUUUCUUGGUGUGACUGAACCCUCCUGUCUAUGAGCAGGUUGACCAGGCAGGUUGAGCCUGUCCUUUUUGAUCUCCUUGUGUCACGUUUUUCACUUUAAUUCUUCAGAGUGGCCUUAAUUGUCUUAGUAGGAGCACCUUUUCGACAUCUGGAGUCAAGGACUGCCCUCCAGCCAGUUGGAGAGCUCAGUUCCAGUAGAACUGGUUAACUGGUUAACGUUUUUGCUCAGACACCUUUCACCUAACCUAGCAGCAGGAGAGAGAAGCUUCUGCCCAUCAUUCCGGGAUGUCAGAAAUGAAGCAGCCAUGUCAGGGGUAAAAAAAAUAAUUUUAGAUUCCUCAAUUUAUUUUAUUAAUACAGUCCAAUUAGCAUCUAAUCCGGUCUUGUACAGUAUGUGAAGCCAUUCUUUUUAAUGUUUGAACGGGGGCUAUGGGAUAAAAAACUGGGAGCUGGCUGUUCUCCGAAUGGAUUCUUGUCUUGUCUUCUGCUGUUUUGGGCCGGUGCCUCACACAUCCAUCCUUCAAAGAAUGGGCUAGUUAAUACUCAUAAGAUGUGAUCAAGAGUGAGUGCAGGUUUAUUUAAUGUGAUAAAGCUCAGGAAGAGUCAAAUAAAAUGUUAGCAAAAUAAACUGGUAGUGCAAUUAUAAUAUAGAUUAUAACAGAUUAUGGAGUAUUAUGAAGAAUUAAGGAAUAUUAGAAACACCUUUAUUUGUUAAAUAUAAUGAGGUGCUUCCCUUGUUGAUGCUUUUUAAGUAUUGUUGUAAUGUGUACCUACAAUGCUGGAUACUGCAGUGCUGAAAGUUACCUCUUCGUCUUUUUAAACAGAUGUCAAGAAUGGCAAAACUAUGCAGUUAGUAGUGGUAUUUGUAAAGCUGUGGUAAUCUUCACAUAUAUGUGGAAGUAUGAUCUCCUGUAAGAACUGUCAUAGGCUAUUAAUUUCUUGCAGUUCUUGUACUGUCAAAAUUAAUCUAUGCAGAGUUCUGGUUUUAGUAACCCAAAACCCUUUAUAUGCACAUUCUUUUUUUAAAAAACUGCAAAAUCUUAAGAAAUCCCAGGAAUCAAGGUUUGUCCUUUUUUACUUCCAUAUCUGGGAGUGGAACAUUUUAUGUGGUAAAUAAUUUAAGAAAAAAAAUGUCACCAUGUUUGUUCCUGCCUCGUAUUUUUUUUAUCUGCUCUAGAUUGGGUCUUGAACUAUUUUAUGGGUUUUGUACCACACUGGACAAAAUUGCUUUGUUUCAAAAUAGGAAUUUUUAAGCCAUUCAGCAAGUUUUGAACUUGUUUCUGCCCAAGUUUUUUUUUUUAAUUGUUUAUUCUGUUGUCAUUUAAUUUUGUGUCAUUCUUGUAUUAAGGGAUGCAGGAGCCGUGUCGUCUGUUUGUCCAGCUUGUCGUUUUGUUUGGGUGAAGAGGUUGUUUGGUUGGUUCUGGGAUUGCAUUACCACAGGGGAUUGUGGGGGAUUCAUCUGAUACCCCCAGCAGGGUAGACAAAUUGUGCUCCUAACCUAAUCUUUUAACACUUCAUAUACAAGAAAAUGAGAAAAUCACUGCUGAACCUUGUUUUGGGGAUGACUAGUGUUUAAGGUUAGAUAAAUCAUGUACCCACCAUGUUAUUUAUAACUUAUUCUUUACUUGAAUGAAAGGCUAUUCCUUGUUUCACAUCAAGACUGUUUUUAGCUGUCCUAUUUAUAUUUUUGUAAAGCAGACAACUGUUAAGUUCAUGUUUGUCAGAAUAGGAACUGUGUUUUACACAUUACAUUUGUGGAUGGAAGGAUUUUGAUAAAAGGGCUUUAAGACAACGGUUUAUCAGCAAUAUGAUCUAUUUAUGGUACGUAACCAAACAUUCUGCAACUUUGUUUUUUAACCGUAGAUGAAUUAAUGCAUGUAAAUAAAAAAUGAACAAUGGAAGUGAUACUUCUCCUUAAAAUCUAUUGAAUUGCUCUUAAUAUGAGUUUAUUUUGUAUUUUGUGCUAUAAAUGCAUUAUGUAAUGCAUUUUGUAAUGAUAUACCUUGAUGAUUAAUAAUUCACCUCUCUAAAUAGCUAGAAGGAAUUUGUCUUCUGUCAAGUAUCUGCCUAUCUGUAAAAUAAUUUUGUUACUUUUUUAAAUUAUUCAGUGUAUUUCAAGUUCAAACCACCUUAUUAUGUAUUUGUUUAAUGAAUAGGAAAAGAGUACAACUAGGACUGUAUUUUGUACCGUCUCUGAAAAACAUACUAUUUUUCUGGACCCUAACUAAAUUUGUGAGUAAUCCGUAUAUUUUAACUUCAUAUGCCAAAAAGCUGACAACCUUAACUUGAAAGAAUUUUACAAUUUGUGUGUAUCAGUCAGUGUAAUAAGUCUUGUUUUCUGCUUUCUGUGCAAUGUUCUUUUUAGGGUGCUUGGAAAAUGUGCUUGUGCAUACAUCUGCCAUGAACAGUUCCUCUAUUUGACUUUACCUAAAGUAAAAGAAUGCAGCAUGUUUUCUUAUGGUUGUCUUCCAUCAGAUGGUACUUGAGUCCAAGAUAGUCAGCUGAAUUGAAGACUUGGGUCAAAAAUACCUUCAUGGGAAAACUGCUUUUAAGAUUGUCCACGAAUACCUUACUAGUAUUCACAGCUUCUGUGAGAAAGGCCUUCUCAUUUCUAACUUUUCAUAUGUUAUUAGGUCACUAAUUCCGAUACAGACAAAUGCAAAAUGCCAAAAUCUUGAUCUAAGCAGGAAUUAUGGCAAAAUUGUUCACAAAUACAGAUUUUGAACUUUCUCAUAAGAUGUUAACUUUUUUUCAUAAACAAAUGACUAUAAUAUUUCAAGCAGAAAUGAUCACUCUUCAGUAUAUUCAGGUUGGCUUUCAUGUGUUAAACUUCCCAAAAUCUAUCUAGCAGGUGUUUCAAAAUUCUGUCCUGGAUGGCUGCAUUAAUUACUCAUUUGCCACUACUUAGCCCUCUCUUAGACAUUGUGAAACUUUGGAACAGAAUUACUUAAAUGUACUUUUAAACCCUGCAGGACCUAGGCCUUACAAAAAUACAUUUUGGGUACUCCUGCAGUGUAUGUUGUAGUCAAACAUGUCUUUCAAAUCCAUGCCUUAAUUCAUGCACCUCCUGCUUAUUCUUUUGCUGUUAACUGCAAUGUUGCUAUAAUUAAGUCUCAUACAAACCUUUCAUGAACAAAAUAUUUUAUUAUUCUUACCAGAGUUACAAAACAUUUCCUGUACUUUUGGCACUCGGAAAGCUAAGUCCUAAAGCACGCUUGACAUAAACGGUUGAUUGUGAUAAAUUAGGGCAAAUCUCUCUUCAUUAAAUCCCUAGUUUUCUCUGAAAAUGCAUUAUGAAUACAGUAUAAGGUUAAUGUCCAAACUAAUGUAGAAUAUUGGACUCAAUUUGUAUUACUUGUUGGUUAUGGAAAGGAUUUGAGAUCCUUUAAUCAAAUGUUUUACACAACUGACACUUUCCAUUUUGUUUUGUUAAUUUCAUUACCUACCAGUAGCUCGCUUUUUUGUAUAUUUGUCCAAGAACAUAGAAGUGUGUUUAAAAUACAGCCAUUAUAAUGGUAGUGCCUUUUCGUGUUAAAUUAUCUGGUUGUUAGGCGACAACACAAUGAACUUGGUUGACCAUACACAAAAUAAGAUGGUUGCACAUAUUCUUAUUA